CCCACCUCCCACGUAUCGCCUUCAAUGUCACGAUCGUACGCCAUUUUCCCAUUUGCAUGCGACUCGGAUCAUCUUCAUUAUUUCACUUUUAAGGCAAAUAUCAUUCUCUCUUUUUCUUACCCGUUAUCCAUUCUUCUUCUUCCUGCCGCCCGAUUUAAACCCCCCACCCAACUCUUCUUCUCCAACCCAUCCACUGUUUCACUUCAUUUAGGCACCGCAUUUCAGGUUUCUCUUCUCACUUUCGGCUCCCCUUUCGCUUUUGCUUUUGCAAUGCCCUUUCUAUUGCCUUCCCAAUGAAUCCCUAGGUCUCUGCGUUUUUCUUGAUGAAUCGCGAGGUUUAAGUCUUCUAUUUCGGAGGAUCUUGUUCCCAGUCUUUGGGCCCUGAUUGGAAGUUUAUCUCAAGUCUCUCUGUUCUUGGACUUUCUUGAAUGAUUUUUGUUGGUUUCCUGCUGGGUUUAUGUUUUUCUAGAGGGGAAUGGGUAUUUCUUCGCUUUUGAAACAGAGCAUUGAGUUUAAAAGCUGGUUUUUGGUGUUUGGGUGUUUCCCUCGGCUUUUUAUUAUUUUAGGCCUUUUUCUCCUGUUGUUUUGGGCCAGUUUAAAGGUCGUGCAAUUUAGUUGGCAUGGGAAGGAUUUAAUGCAAUUGCUAUACGAUUUUAGGGGGAAAUCUGAUAAUAUAAGAGCGGGGAUCUGGUUGAAAACCAAUGUUGUUGAGGUUUGCAAUUUCACUUGUGGAAUUAGUAGACGAUUGGAUUGGUUGAAGAAGAAUGGAUUCCUUUUCUGUAAGUUCAAUUUAGUUGCAAAGUCCAAAUGGGCUGUGGAUUCGGAGGGUGAUGUUAGAAGUGAUGAGAAGAAUGAAAUGUUGGAAGAAGAUGUUCAGAAUGAAGAGAAAGAGAAUUAUUCUGAAGAUGGCGAAUUCGAUGUCAUUAAACUAAGGGAAUUAGUGAAAAUUGAAAGGAAGCAGAAGAAGGAAGCUCUUGAAGAGCUUGAGAAGGAAAGAAUGGCAGCUGCAACAGCAGCUGAAGAGGCAAUGGCUAUGAUUUUUCGUCUUCAACAUGAGAAGAGUGCAACCGAAAUUCGAGCCAAUCAGUCUCAUCGAUUAAUGGAGCAAAAGCAGCAAUAUUGUCAAGAAGUUAUUGAAUGCUUGCAAAGGAUUAUCAUGGAAUAUGAGUCAGAGGUAAGUUUAACCGAGCAACCGUGUUUCUGCAGGCCAAAACAGAAGCUACAACCAACAAGAUCAGUCGAAGACGAUGCAAGCCUCUUACAAUUCGACAUGGAUUUUGUUCUGGAAGAUGAUGAUGUACUGGUGAACAACAUUGGCAUGGACCUCAAGGAGAUGUAAGUCCAUGAACACAACCUUUGUAUGAUACUAACAUAGAUUUCUAUAAUUUUAUGCUAUAUAGUUGCAUAACUUGGCUUCAAUAUUGGAUUGGAGAUGAGAAGCGAUAGCCCAUCUCCAUCUUUCUUGAACUUCCUUUGCUACUCAAUAGCACAGUAGUGAGAUAAAAAAUAAGGGAAAUGUAUAUCCUUUCUAUUGGAAAUGUAUUAUAGUUGUCUUGAA